AUGGUUUUCAAAUGCCAGGAAGACAGCUUUUUAAAAGAGUUCUCUUCAAAAGUGUUAAAGUGUGAGCCGACAAAAGAACCCAUUGUUGAAUAUGGGAAGACAUCGAAGUUUGAAGGAUAUCAAGUUACAUUGGAGAACACAAUACUGUUUCCUGCAGGGGGUGGACAGCCCCAUGAUACUGGCUUUUUAAACAAUGUAGAAGUUGUUCAAGUGCUCCGCAAAGGGGAUGAGGCCAUCCAUUUUACUAAGGACCCUAUCAAAGUGGGUACUGCUGUAGAGCAAAAAGUCAACUGGGAUAGAAGAUUUGACCACAUGCAGCAGCACUCAGGCCAACACUUACUAUCAGCAUUAUUAGAUAAAGAGAACAUUUUUACAACAAGCUGGUGGCUCGGUGCAGAUGAGAGCUAUGUAGAACUGGACUCUACAAAGGUCACAAACGAAAUUAUAAAAGCCACAGAAGAUAAAUGCAAUGAAUUAAUAAGGGCGGCUGUACCAGUUAAUGUAAAAUUCUGCAAAAGUAAUGACCCUGAGUUGGAUGAAGCUCACACCCGAGGACUACCCAAGGACUGUAUGGAAACAAUAAGAAUAAUAUGUAUUGAAAAUAUUGAUGAAAAUAUGUGUUGUGGUACCCAUGUUUCUAACUUAAGCCAACUACAAGUGAUCAAAUUGAUUGGUGCCGAACCUGGUAAAAAAGGUAAAACAAACCUUAAGUUUUUAGUGGGGAACAGAGUUACACGGACUAUGCAACAAAUGUUGGACAGGGAGAAAGCUUUAACUGGACUCCUUAAAAAUGAACCCAGUAGACACGAGGACCUCAUUCAAAAGUUGCAAAAGAACCUAAAAAUAAGUAAUAAAAACUUACAAAACGUUUUGUUAGAACUGGCACAAUGUGAAGUAGACAAAAUAAAAAGUGCUGUGCCUAAACCGAAAUACGUAUUCAUGUUUAAAAAGGAAUCUACUCCUGAAUUUAACCGUGCUUUAAUGAAAGGUUUAGAAGGUGAAGAGCUGUUCAUGUUCUUGGCGUCGGAAGAACCGGAUAAACCAAAGGAGGGACAGAUAAUUAUACAAGGCCCUGAAGAACAAUGCAAUGCAUUGGGACAGCAAAUAACAGAUUUACUGAAGGGCAAGGGUGCCUUCAAGAAUGGUAAGUUUCAAGGAAAAGCUGGAGACAUGGGAGGCAUAAACAAAUGCAAGAAAUUAAUUGAAGACUAUUUUAAUAAUAUAUCAUAA